AUGGCGCCUUCAACUCAACAGCCGGUCCUCGACCAAUCGAUAAUCAAGGACCUUUCCAACCAUAUCUACGAGAAGCGAAAAGCCACUGCAUUCCAAAUUGAAUCACUAACAAAGUCUGCCUUAAGUCGAAAUGAUAGUCAAACAAUAUAUCGCAUCAUUCACGAAUUAACAACAAUGACCAUGACCAGUGGGUCCAACUCGGCCAAAAUGGGUGCCAUUACAGCAUUGGGGAGCGUUUCCGUAGCAGUGGGCUCUUUUGCAAUUGCCUACUUUCUUGACGAUAUAAUCCGACCCAUUUUCGCCACGUUUCGCGAUACGGAUGCUCGUGUGCGAUAUUAUGCAUGCGAGUCGUUGUACAAUGUCGCCAAGAUUGCCAGAGGAGAGAUUUUGCUAUACAUUAAUGAGGUUUUCGACGUGUUGUGCAUCUUGGUGAGUGAUGCUGAGAGCAGUGUUAAGAAUGCAGCCGAUAUCUUGGAUAGGUUGGUCAAGGACAUUAUUAGUGCGAAAGCUACGAGCUAUGUGAGUAUAUUACAACAACAGAGGUAUGCACAAAAUUUGCAAGAGCAACAGGGACAAGGACAAGGGCAAGGACAAGGACAAGGACAAACAUCACUCCAGCAACAGCCUGAUCUGGGAGAGUUGGCGUUUGCUGAUUUGUUGAGGUCUCAGGGAAGCGAUGAAAUAAUGCAGUUGAGCAACCCCCAGGACCCAGCAAAGGCAUUCCUGUUACCCAAAUUUAUGCCGACCUUGUUGGAGAGAAUGUAUACCGUUGAUCCAUUUACGAAAAAGUUUCUACUCAGUUGGCUUGAAUUGUUUGAUGAUAUACCAAACUUGGAGUUGAUUACCUUUUUGCCUAGUUUUUUGAAACCUUUGGUCCGAUUCAUUUUAAAUAAUUCACCUAGUGAUAUCAAGUUGGAGACACAGAAUUUGUUGAAUGUGUUUUUGAAGGAGAUCAAGGGGAUUUCAAGAGUCAAGAUUGAACAUAAACGCAAAGUCAAGAUUGAACAUAAACGCAAGUUGCGAGAACAAGAAAUUGAAAGGGAAAAGAAGGAGAAGGAGAGGGAGAAGGAGAAGGAGAGAGAGAAGGAAAAGGAGAAAGAAAAGGAUAAGGAACAGAAGGCAGAGGAAGCUGAGGGUAAGGGAAAGGAUGGUGAGAGUGGAGUGAGGAAAAAAUUGAACGAGUUUGGAAAGCCAAAAAAUGAGGACAAGAGCUCCAAAGAAGAGAACGAGGAUAAAACUGCAAAGGAGAGUCAAGAUGCUGUUGAUGAUGAUGGUGAAUCAAGUAUAAAGUCUUAUGAUACAACCAUCAUUCACAAGAAACAGGACACCUCAUUGUCCAUUCAAAAUUCCACAGAGUUGAAUUUAGAUGGAGUGGGCAUUAACGAUGAGGAAGAUAAAGAACUGGAUGAAGUGCCCUUUGGUCAAGACAUUUACAUCGAGUACCUGAAAAUUAUUACCAUUUUGGUUUCCUUUUUGCGUGAGUUUGAAAAGCAAGAAACGGUUGCCAAGAAUGAUCUUCUCAUUGACUCAAGAGAAACAUAUUGUGACGUACAGUUUAUUGCUUUGAAAUGGUUACAGGCAUUGAUUGAUGUUUCGCCACAAGAUGUACUCAUUGCUUUGCCAGAGUGUAUCUCAGUCAUCUUGAAAAACAUAACUGUUACGGAACAAACCCAAGAUCUUGAAUUGCAAAACCAGCUUAUCAAUGUCAGCUUCAGUUUGCAAGCGUUUUUGGGCAAAGUUUAUGACGAUGUGUCCUUGUUUGAACUAUAUGGAGUCAAUGAUGAAAGUAUGACCAAGUUCAACUCAACACAGUUGCCACAAACAUUAUCGGCCAUCAUCAAUGAGUACUUGAAGCCAGUCUCGUCGUCAAUGGCAACUAUAUCAACCAGCAUGGCUGGAGCAAAUGGCACCAGUGACUACGAACUUUCACGAAUCACCUCCUUGGAAUGGCUAAUCUUCAUAUACGAACAUAAUCCAGUUGAUUUUUUGAAAUUCUUUCAAUCUACUUACAAGUUUGAAUUGAUUGAUUUGCUCAAGUAUGACACAAGCAACGAAGUUAUACUCAAAGUGUUGCAAUUGUUGGCGAGGAUCUCGGAAUCGAAUCCGGAAUUUUUCAAAGAUUUUAUUGUCAAGUUGUUGAAAUUGAUUCAAGUGGAGGGUUAUGAGAAAUCCAUCAAAAUUGAAUUCAUUAUUAGAAAGCUAUGUCUUUGCUUGAACUCGGAAAUUAUCUUCACUACGUUGUCGGAAGUGUUGCAACAACACUAUCACCAGCAGCAAGAGCAGCAGCAGCAAGAACAAAAGCGGGAACUGAAGUCAUCGCAUCAAAAGCUAAAUCUGGAUCAACACGAUAAUCAGCAAUUGCGUCGGAGUAGCGAGAAAACCAAUAUACAAGAUCUGGAGAUACCUGAUCAAUCCAAGUUAGAAUUCGCCAAUAUGUUGAUUGUGACUCUAAACAAUAUACUCCUCACAUCCAGUGAGUUGGCUCCAUUUAGAAAAAAGUUGAAAACUUUAGACUUGACUACAUCACUGAAGGAUUGGUCCUUAUUUGCCACAUUGUUCAAAAGUUGGUGUUUUAAUGCUCCCAGUGCCAUUGCUUUAUGCUUACUAACGUCAAAUUAUGAAUUGUCGUAUCAAAUAAUAAAGAAUUUGUCUGAGGUGGAAGCCACAUCUCAACUACUCACCCAGUUGGACGUCCUUAUUCAGUUGUUGGAGCUGCCAAUAUUCAUUAAAUUGCGAUUACAAUUGCUCGAACCGGAAAAUUACCCAUUUUUGUACAAAACCUUGUAUGGCAUAUUGAUGAUUUUGCCACAGUCGAGUACGUUUAUGACAUUGAGGAAUAGAUUGACUGUUUGUGGGGUUCAAGGGGUUGUGGGUAGCGAUGGUAGUGGAACUGGAGGUGGUUCCGAGGUUAAAGGCGAACUAUCGCUACGAAGAAAGAGGGUCAAUGAGUUGUUGGAGAGGUUUAAGGAAGUUAACAGGAUAUAG